CAGUGUUGGAGGUGUUGGAGAUGUCGGACUGCGACCGGUCCAUGAACAUUAACCUUUUGAAGGAGACUGUUUUCAGGAAGUUGUGCGAUGUGUUGGAUAAAAACAACAUUAAAGGAUGGAGAAAACUUGGGGAGAUGGUCGGCAGUGACAGGCGAUUUAAAGUUAGUUCAGAGGAGAUGGAGAUGUGCUCUCUGAAAGUGUUGCAGCUGGAGGGCAGCCCCAGUCGUAUGCUGCUCAGACUCAUGGGAGAACGAGGAUGUACUUUAGGCCAGCUGGUCGAUAUCCUUCAAACCAUGGGCCAGACCGAGGCCUUAAAGUGUGUUAAACCACCAAGUGGUCUGGAUGAGGCUCUGCACAACAUCAUCGACACGUGUCGAGAGCAGGCUGUUCCCUUCGUCUUUGCCCUCUCCAGGAAGGCUCUGGGCAGAUGCGUUAACAAGGCCGUGCCUGUCAGUCUGGUGGGCGUCUUUAAUUACGACGGGGCACAGGAUCAUUAUCACAAGAUGAUCGAGCUGUCGUCUGAGGCGAGGAGGGCCUACGAGGUGAUGAUUGAGAACCUGGAGAUGACCUCCCAGGCAGAGCAGGAAGAUUUGGAGGCCCAUCCCAAUACAGAGCCCCAGCCCCCUCCCUGCUCUGAGGAAGUUGAGGAACCCGAAUACAUCAAAUUGUGGAAGAAAAUGCUGAAGAAUGAAUGCAACCACAAGCUCUUGAACUUUGAGGAGAAAUACAAGUCUUCCUCCGCAGCCAGUGACUCUAAAGCACAGAUGACGGAAGAGGAGGCAAGCUGACAACAAAGGUGUACCAGGCUAUACCAGCGCUAACAUUGAGCCAUGAAGGAAACACUUGACUUAAUAGGAUUGUGUGAUUAGAAACAGCUUAUGGAUACCAGAGGUCUUAGACCCUUGUCCAUGGACCAAAAGAAUCACACCGAGACCACUCAACAGGAAUUUAUUAGACUGUUUAAUAAUAAUAAAAAAUACUUUGUGACUAUCCUGGGAAGAUUUAGAGGUGAUAUACCGAAUGUGCCUGGAAUGAAUAACAAUCAUUGACAAGUAUAAUUAAUGUAAGGAAGACAAUGUGGCCUUAUUGUUGCUUUCUAAGAUUGUUGUUGAGGCUUACACUUUUGGACAACAUUGCAAUAGCACUAAAACAUUUGUCUUUUCUGCCAGUGUUC